UUUUUACUCUCCGAAACACAUUGAACGCGUCGUGGUUGGGAAGAACUGUUCGGAGCUUACCGGCGAUGAAAAUGAGCCACAUUUUUACUGGAAACUCAAACAGAACUCUCUAGAAACCGUCUAAAUGGAGAUGGCAUAUUUCAAGAACAAUUUUUGGGGAGAGAAAAAUGCUGGUUUCGAUGUUCUCUACCACAACAUGAAGCAUGGACAAAUCGCCACCAAAGAGCUGGCUGAGUUUGUGCGUGAGAGGGCGGCCAUUGAGGAAACCUACUCUAAAUCCAUGAGUAAACUGGCCAAGGUGGCUAGCAAUGGAAGCCCUCUUGGCACGUUUGCCCCCAUGUGGGAUGUGUUCCGUGUGUCCUCUGACAAACUGGCCCUCUGCCACCAGGAGCUCAUGAGAAAGAUGAAUGACCUAAUCCGUGACAUCAACAAGUACAGCGAGGAGCAGGUUAAAAUUCACCGCAAGACAAAAGAGGAGGUGAUCGGAACUCUGGAGGCUGUCCAAUCUCUUCAGGUGCAGAAUGCCCACCUGCAGAAGUCCAGAGAAUGCUACCACAGCAAGUGUGUAGAGCUGGAGAGACUACGCAAAGAGGGAGCGCCUCAGAAAGAGCUGGAAAAGGCUGAACUGAAAUCUAAGAAGGUGGCUGAGUCUUUUGCAGCAUCUAUAGAGAAGUUUAACCGUGCUGGAGGAGACUUUGAACAGAAGAUGAGUGAAUCGGCACAGAAAUUUCAGGAUAUUGAGGAGGCUCAUUUACGACAGAUGAAACUACUGAUCAAAGGAUAUUCCCACUCCAUUGAAGACACGCACGUACAGGUUGGGCAGGUCCAUGAGGAAUUCAAGCAGAAUGUGGAGAAUAUUGGAACUGAGAACCUCAUUCAGAAGUUUACAGAGCAGAAGGGAACGGGGAAGGACAGACCAGGUCAAGUCGGGUUCGAGGAGUAUUUGUCCUCACUGGUACCUGAGAACAGUAAAAAGAGUCGUGCGAAAGCCUUCAGGAUCCCUGGAUUGGGAAAGAGAGACAAGGAGCCUAACUCGACGGAUUCAGCUAACGCAGAUGCUCUUAACUCACCCCUCGAUGUGGAUGACGAGGGCUUUGUGGUACGUGCUGACGUCAACCAGAAUGGUGGUGCUGCUGAGGAAAAAGAAGUCAAUGUUUACUCCAGCGACUCGGACUUUGAUGAUGAAGAACCCAAGAAAUUUCACAUUCAGAUCCGACCGUUCGCCAGCAAUAGCCGUGGCAACUCGGCAGCCAAUGAAAUUGAACUGAAGGCCACGGUGGGGGCGUUGACCCUGGCCACUAACAGAACGGUGUCAGUAAAGAAGCAGCUCUCACGAAACUCCAGUUCAGCUGGUCGAUCUGAAGGGGAAGGAGAAAGUGUUCCUCAGAGAGAUUUGUUCUUGCAAUGUCACAACAAAUUACAGGGAUGCAAACUCAUGAGGGGCGAAAAAGAUGGAGAACAUGAGGGUCUGCACAUAUCCACAUCCAGCCCAGACCAUAGCAGGUUGAGCUCCACAGCAUCCGGUUCUGAUGCUCUUUUUGGACCUCCUCUGGAGUCAGCCUUUAAAUCCCACAGCUUUAAUGGCAGAGAGCAGCUCCAGAACGCCUUUGCUGCAUCUGAAUAUGCAGCAUUCUCCUCUGAUUCAUCCUCUCCUGAGAAUGUGGAGGACUCUGGGCUGGAUUCACCUUCCCAUCAGCCUCUUGGGUUGUCCCCAGAGCCCACUGGUUGGGCAGCCUGGCCCCCUACUCAGUCUCAGUCUAAAGACUCUGUGAGCAAGGGCAGAUCCUCUGACCCCUUUCUAGCUGUGUACCGUGAUCCCUCACCGGGUCGGUCUCCUCUCACACAAGACGACCCCACCAAAGCCUGGCCUUCUAAUAUACGCUCUCCACAUGCACCACCCGACAUCGAGCCCACCACCUUCAGCUUCCCGGCAUUCUCCCACAGCCUUGCAUCUUCGGAACUGGAACCCUCUGUCUGGAGUUGUAAACACAUACCGCCGGAAGACCCCUUCUUUGCUGCUUUUGAGCAGUUGGCCCCCAAAGGUAAUCUGCCUCCGCCUGAUGCCUGGGCCCUGCCUCCUCCUCGACCCACCAGGGACAGUAGAGGUGUGGAGGGCCAUAUCGACCCCUUUUCUGUUUCUCUAAAUGACACUAAGACCCUACCUCCCCCUUCUUCUAAGCACAAGGACCGAGACAGGAAAAGAGAUCAUGGUGUCCCACCUCCAGAGUCACCAGACGAUCCAUUCGCCAUUACUAUUAUUGGCAGUCCGACGCAUCAAUCGUCACUGGCAGUGCAGGCAGCUGCUCAAAGCAAAGGCAGUGGGAAUAGGCCGACACCCAGUCCUAAACUCGCCCCCAGUUCUCUCCCAAAGAAAGAGCUGGUGAACUGGAACUCUGUGCAUAACCCCUUCAGUGAGGGUGUUCAGAACAAUAGCACCAUCACUCAAGAGUCAACCAAAAAGCAGAAAUCUUUCAACAAUGAGCCUCACAGGAAUGGACCACCACUCACACGGCAUUCAGGGCCGCAGGAGGACCUCUGCUUCUCUACGGACAAAGACCAGAACUGCCUGGAAAGUAACACACAACCAGCCUACCAUCAUAGUUUCAGGCAGGACAGCACUGAGCGUCUGGCAUUGGCUCCUCCUCGCUCUGUUCGGUCCAUGCGCUCCUCAGGCAGACUCAGUGGCUGUGAGCGGUCUAGGUCACUGUGCUCUUCUCCAUUGCCUGACCCAAGCCCUCCCCUCACCUCCUCAUCCUCUUCCAGCCCCAGUGAUUGGGGGGUGCAGAACCACGUUCCCAACCCAGCCCGAGGUUUGUCUCGAGGACCCAGUCCCAUUUCUCUGAGCACUCAGGAUUCCUGGCCUGUGGCUGCAGCCAUUACAGAGUACAUUAAUGCCUAUUUCAAAGGAGGAGAACACAACCGCUGUCUAGUUAAGAUCACUGGUGACCUCACCAUGUCAUUUCCUGCUGGCAUCACCCGUGUUUUUACAGUAAACCCUAACACACCAGUACUAAGCUUCCGACUGGUCAACGUCUCUCGAGUGGACCACUUCUUACCUUAUCAAAAGCUACUCUACAGUGAUCCGUCUCAAAGUGACCCAGACUCCAAAGAUUUCUGGUUCAACAUGCAGGCCUUAACACUCCACCUGCAGAGAGAGGCGGAGCUCAACCCACAGGCCUCCUAUUACAAUGUGGCUCUGCUUAAAUACCAGGCAUCGUCUCAGGAUCCAGGUCGUGCUCCUCUUUUGCUGUCUGCAGAGUGCCAACGUAGUGGCACGGUGACCCGUGUGUCUCUGGAUUACCACUGCUGCCCCGCGACUGCCCCGGCCACCCAGCUGACCUCGGUACAAGUGCUGCUGCCUCUUGAUCACACCGCCACAGACCUGCAGUGUCAGCCAACUGCAUCCUGGAACAGAGAGGAAAGACGACUACUGUGGAAACUGCCUAACCUCUCCCCGACCAAUCAUAGCAAAGGCUCUGGCACAUUGUGCGCCAGUUGGCAGUGCCUGGAGGUGCCCCGCGGUCCACCCCCAAGUCUGGCCGUGCAGUUUGUGGGUUUGGGGGCUUCUCUCUCAGGCAUGGACGUGGAGCUUGUUGGUAGCCGGUACCGCAUGUCACUGGUGAAGAAGAGGUUUGCCACAGGAAAGUAUAUGGCCGGUUGUUCUUUGUGAGAGAGGUGAUUGUGUCUUGUCCGGUACCACAGAGGCACAACAACAUUUGCACUUUUUAACCCCCCUGGGCUGGUGGAGCUUUCCACGUGCUACAGUCCUGUAGAAGAGUUCAUAUUGUACAGCGAGUGUGACAUGUAUGGGAAAUAGGUAAUACUCAAUACCCAUGAUGCAUUUAUUCUAGGAAAAGUAUGAACUGGAAAUGGGGACCACAACCAGCCUGAGAUCUGGCGAUCCGUUAUUGGUCUAUGAAGGCUGAACAGAUUAUAAACUCAAGAAUUUAACUUUUAUCUGUAUAGAAUUGUUUGUUCUGUGUGCAAACUAUACCUUUAACAUUUGCAAGUUUGAAAAACUGGAUGUACAUUUUUCUUUUUCAUUUUUUGUGAAAAUGUGUGACUGAUUAAGUAUAAACAUGUAUAACAGAUAUGACAAUUCUAAAAUUAUAUUGACAGAAAAAUGUCUUUCAUGUUCUAGUAUUCAAGAAAACUUUUAAAUGAAAAGCUUGUUUGAGUCUAUUUGUUUAGAUUUAGUGUUUUCAGUUCCGUCUCCCCAUAAGAAAUGACAAGCCAAAUUGACUUCAAAUCAUGUGCAGGAUAUAAAUGAUAGAAAUCAAUUAAAUAUUAGUUACUUGUAAAAAUGGCAAUUCUUGAUAUCAGAAAUUGAAUUAUUACUAGUUAAAAUGUGCUAAUUUUUAUGAAAUUAAAAUGUGCUAAUUAUUAAUUAAAAUUAA